UUUCUCCCAAAUCCCAAGUCAGUCUGUACCUUGUAACUUGUAAGGCUUCCCAUGCUUUUUAAGCACUCUCUCUCCUCAAUCACAUUUUUCUUGCACUUCUCUUCAACAAAAAUCUCUCAAAAACCCUUCACUCUCUUAUCCGCGCGUGCACUAACCCACUCUAUGGCCACCGGAACACCGGAAAACAUCUCCACUGCUGCUGACGACGGUGAUGACGUCAAGUUUGGGUUUAAGCGUUCGGAGAUGUACGAGAGUAAACUAGCAGGUACAGCUACGUCAUAUGAUCGUCAUUUGUUCCUCUGCUACAAGUCUCAUGACACGUGGCCUCCUCGCGUUGAAUCAUCUGAUACCGAUCUGCUUCCUAAGUUACUCUCUAAUGCUCUUAAAGCUCGUAAGGAUGAUAUCAAAAUCAAGACUCUUUUGACGGUAUGCGAAGUACGUGAUGACAUGGAAGUAUCAGAUGGUGAUAUUCUGAUUUUUCCUGAAAUGAUCAAAUACAGGGAUUUGAAGGAGUCGGAUGUGGAUGCAUUUGUUGAUGAUGUGCUUGUUAAUGGAAAUCCUUGGAGCUCUGGAUUGCAGGAGUCACUGAGUGGUUCUUAUGUGUUUGUCUGUGCCCAUAAUAAUCGCGAUCGAAGAUGUGGUGUUUGCGGACCAAUUCUAAUUGAGGAAUUUAGCAAGGCGAUUGAGUCCAAGGGUUUGAAAGACAAAGUUCAUGUAACAGCUUGUUCCCAUAUUGGUGGCCACAAGUAUGCUGGUAAUGUUAUAAUCUUCAGUUCUGGCAAAGAUGGGGAAAUUGUUGGCCACUGGUAUGGCUAUGUUACACCAAAUGAUGUACCUGUUUUGCUUGAUGAGCAUAUUGGAGAGGGAAAAGUCAUUGAACGACUUUGGAGGGGCCAAAUGGGACAAUAUGAGAAGGUAACUGAUAAAGUGGAUGAACAGAAGGUUCCCGAAGUAACCAAUGAAGAAAAGAAGCCUCUAGAAAAUGGAACUCAGGAGAGUAAUGUGACUGGUUUCAGCUGUUGCCAAGGUGAUGCAGGAGUUUCUUGUUGUAGAGAUGCAAGUGCUGAGCAGAAAGAGAAUAAGAAGGGGCAGGGAAGAGUUUCAAACUGGUUUGGCAAAUGGGAGCAGCGAGAAGUUCUCACAGCCGUGGGCGUGGUUGGAGCGGUUGCUGUUGUUGCUGUGGCUUAUGGCUUUUACAAGAAGUCACGGUGAAACAUCCUUGACUCAUUGUUAAUGUGGCACAAACUUUUCGCUCAAGGGUUUUCGGGCAUCUAGGUUUUGUAGAAAGGUAAUAAUGUUCGUGAUAUCUCGAACACUGAAAAUGCAUACACAUUAGUAUAUGUCAAAUUUAAGAGUGAAAACUAAAUGCAAUCUGUAAUUCAGACUAUGGAGAUGGGCUCCUCUGCUCGUUCCAAGCAAGAACUAGGACUGAUAAAUAUAAAAUGCCAACUGAUUGCUACA